AUGCACCCCAGAGUUCUCCACAAGAAGAGGGCGACCAUCACAGAGCUGCCUCUCUACUACUCUGGACACCUGCUGAAGAAGAACUCCAAAGAGAAGGAUUUCAAGAAGUACCAUGGAGAGCUUCGUGGAGCCACACUGUUUCUGUACAAAGAUGACACUCAGGAUACAUACACAGAGAGGUUGGACCUGGAGCAGCUGAAGUCCAUGGAGAUGGAGUCUCCAUAUCAGAGGAAGGUUCCGACCAUCUUCACUCUCACCCUGCAAACAGAGGAGGUGCAUCUGAAGAUGGACAAUGCUGACACAGGAGAAGAGUGGAGGGGUUACAUCCUCACCGUGGUCAAGAAGGAGAUGCCCAGUAAGCUGCAUCUGUUGCCUGGACAGUUGUUUCAGCUGCAGGAAGUUCUGGCUCAAGAGAGAGGUAGAAUUGCCCCUUUACUACCACCCAGACCAUCCGUCCCAUUCCAAGCCUCACCCUCCUCCUCCCCUCCUGACUGCAGUUCCCUGGACAUGCCUGAGUGUUUCUUCAAUGUGACUCGGGAGGAGGCUAAGCAGAUGUUGAAUGCAAAUCCAGAGUAUGGAAACAUCAUCCUUCGCCCAUCCACCCUGGCCAACAACUACGCCGUGACCCUAAGGCAACUGAUGUCCAGUGGGCCUGUCAUGAAGAACUACAGAGUGACCUCCACUAACUCGGGGUUUGUCAUUGAACUGGAGAAGCCGGUGAAGGUGACCUCAUUGAAUCACGUACUUAAAUACUUCCUUGAACAGACAGAGUGUGUUAAAUGCAUCUCACCUACACCGCUACCCAAGGCGCAAGUUGCACCUAUGCUGCGGUCACAGCCCAAAGAGGUGUUUCUGCCUCCUCUAGCCAAACCAGAAGAAGGGGAAUAUGUGGAUCCUGAUGAUCACACACUAAAGCUAGGUGAGAAGGACUUGUCAAGAUAG